GGGGCCGUCAAAUGCCAACGAGGCCGGGGAAAAAGCCUCCCUCAAGAGAGAGAGAGCCUUUCAAAGAGAGAGAGAGAGAGAGAGGGAAAGAGAGCCAAAAUAGUAAAAGGAGCCAUUUCUUCUGCCAAGUAUUGAGAGAGAGAGAGAGAGAGAGAGAGAAUCUCUCGUUGCCAGAGAGAGAAACGGGGCGAUCGCAACGGUAACGGAGUAAUAUUAUUGGACGAGAAGAAGAAGAAGAUGGGAACGCUACAGUCUUGGCGCAAGGCAUACGGUGCCCUCAAAGACCAGACCAAAGUCGGCCUCGCCCAAAUCAAUUCCGAUUUCAAGGAUGUGGACGUUGCGAUCGUUAAAGCCACGAACCACGUUGAGUGUCCGCCCAAAGAGAGGCACCUCAGGAAAAUUUUGGCUGCCACGUCAGCGAUUCGGCCUCGAGCCGACGUCGCGUACUGCAUCCACGCCCUCGCGAGGCGAUUGGCCAAGACCCAUAAUUGGACGGUGGCAUUGAAGACACUAAUAGUUGUCCAUAGGACAUUGAGGGAGGGGGAUCCUACAUUUAGAGAAGAACUUCUGAAUUUCCAACAAAGAGGGCAUAUUCUCCAAUUAUCCAAUUUCAAAGAUGAUACAAGCCCCAUUGCUUGGGAUUGCUCUGCCUGGGUGCGUACCUAUUCACUGUUCUUGGAAGAACGACUUGAAUGCUUUAGGAUUCUGAAAUAUGACAUUGAAGCCGAGCGUCUCCCUAGACCUGGCCAAGGGCCGGAGAAGGGCUACAGCAGAACUAGGGAGCUGGACAGUGAAGAAUUGUUGGAUCAGUUACCUGCUUUGCAGCAGCUGCUAUAUCGACUCGUUGGAUGCAGGCCUGAAGGAGCAGCAGUCGGCAAUUACGUUAUACAGUAUGCCCUGGCUUUGGUACUCAAAGAGAGUUUUAAGAUAUACUGUGCAAUUAAUGAUGGGAUUAUCAAUCUGAUUGAUAAGUUUUUUGAGAUGCCAAGACAUGAAGCAAUCAAAGCCCUUGAUGUAUAUAAACGCGCUGGCCAACAGGCUGGAAACCUUUCUGAUUUCUAUGAAGUUUGCAAAGGUCUUGAACUAGCUCGGAAUUUCCAGUUUCCUGUUUUAAGAGAGCCUCCACAGUCUUUUCUUGCAACCAUGGAAGAGUAUAUAAGAGAGGCACCAAGGAUGGUUCCUGCUCCCAGAGACAUAUUGGAAUAUCCAGAAAGGCUCCUAUUGACAUAUAGACCAGAAGAAGGUCCUGAAGAUACAGAAGAAGUAUCCAUUGAUGAAUCUAAACCUUUGCCUGUAGAUGAUGUUGCUAUCUCGGAAUCGGAUGUUGAUGUUCCUCCUCCCCCACCUCCUCCUCCCACCAACUUGGAUACUGGAGAUCUGCUGGGAUUAUCCGUCACCUCAGCUGCUGCAUCUGCAAUUGAGGAAAGCAAUGCUAUGGCUUUAGCCAUUGUUCCAUCUGGUACUACUUCAUCCCUUGACUCUGGUGGUUUCCAAGCAAAAGACCUGGAUCCUACUGGAUGGGAACUUGCCUUGGUCACCACACCUAGCAGCAACAUCUCCUCUGUUAAUGAGCGGCAAUUGGCUGGUGGAAUGGAUUCGCUCCUCCUAAACAGUUUGUACGAUGAUGGUGCGUAUAGAGCCUCUCAGCAGCCCAUGUAUGGAACGCCAGCCCCAAAUCCAUUCGAAGUCGCGGAUCCAUUUUCCUUUUCAAACAAUGUUGCCCCUCCUCCAUCAGUCCAAAUGGCAGCCAUGGUUCACCAGCAUAACAAUCCCUUUGGUCCGUACCAACAACCUUCCUAUCCGCAGCAACAGCAACAUUUGAUGAUGGGCCCACAAAAUCCCUUUGGUGAUGCCGGGUUUGGAGCAUUUCCUACCAACCAUGCUGUUCAUCCACAACAAUCACAUAAUCCGUUUGGGAGCACAGGUCUUCUUUAAAUACAUGUGAAAAGUACCCAAGUAGUGUAAUGUACGCGGCACAGUUGGUUUUGGUAUGUUUGAAAGCGAGUAAAAGCAGAUUGUGGCUUUUUGAUUUCCAGCUUUGUCAUAGAUGAUUUCGGAGCUUGGAAUCAUGUGUUUUCUUGUAAAAGAAUAGUUACAGAAUAGUUAUUGCGCAAUGGUUUGAUGUGAGAUUUGCAGUUAAUAUGCAUCAUGGUUCAAUCUAUUGUUGCUACGAUGUCUGCUUGUCCUUCAAAUUUAUUGUGAGAUAUUUUCUAGUAA